CACACACACACACACACACACACACACACACACACACACACACACCUCUGACGUCUCUGUCUCUCUCUUGAAUACUUUUCUUUUGGCUGAAUGUCAUUAUUUCAACGUGUCCACCUUUGAAAACUGAAUCCUUGUUCGCUGCGUCUGAUGUCAUUUUUGUGUUAAUAAAAGAUUGUUAUUGUCAUUUGCAACAAAGUGCUUUUCAUGAAUUAUUCGAUCAUUUAGUCCUACGUGUGUACGCGGUGAGUUGUAACCUCUUCACGUCUCCACCAGAAGGUAAAAUGUAGUAAAGCGUUUGUAAAGACCGUUACAUCUGUUUAAUGGUCACGAUCUGAAAAUGAACGCUCACCUCUUUCGGGCUGCAAUGAGCCUCCCGACACGACGACGUCGUCGCUGUUACCUCAUUAGCAGGUCAAAGGGCGGCAGUUGGAGGAAGCUCUUACUGACAUCAUGGCUCCCCGGGGGGCCCAGUGAGCGGAGCCAUGAUCCUUGAUGUGGUUUUAAAAAAUGUGUAAAAGGGAAUGAAAAUCAAACAUUUGAGUCGCUUCUAGUGGGGAAUUUACAAUGUAAAUUCCCCACUAGAAGUAACAAUGUAGUCAGUAUAAAAGUCGCUGAAUCUAAAUCCCUUAUUGGUAAAUUCAGAAAAAAACGUAACAUAAUAUAUAGUUGAAGGUAUUCUGGUAUAGAUAUGGACAUAGUAUUUCAAAAUGAGCAGUUAUUUAGUUUGUUAAAGUCAUAUUUAGAAUACAUAAUAAAUAUAACAAUAUGUCUUAAAAAAAAGUAGAGUAGUUCAUGAUCAUAGUAUGAGGAGUUGCAAAGAAAUAGUUUCAUAUUUCAAUAACUAAAAAAGUUAUUAUUCAAUAUUAAAACAGGUGAGAAAAAGGGCACAGAACCGUCCGUCUGCAAAAGGAAUAACCGAUGAACAGGUACGUUUAAACACGUAUAUCAAACAAAAGAGUGAAAAUCAAUCAUAGAAAGUAAAAACAUUAAAGAUGACAACAGUCCUGCUGCUUCAAAAGAUUUUCUGCCACGUUAACGACAGACCGCUGCAUCUACUGGACUGUUUCAGCCUCAUGGCCCCCCUGCUGUGAGCCCCCCCGACGGGCGGGAUGACACCUCGAGCGAAACACACACACACACGUCGUGGGAGCAGCAAUGACAGUGUUGUCAAUAGGCAAAUGUCACCGCAGGAAAAGCUCUAAACGGGGGAUUGCAAAGGUCAUCUGGGAUCGCAAAGGUCAUGUGGGCCCAGUAAUCCACGCAGAAUAAAAACCCCUUUGUGAUGAUUUCCACCUCGAGUUUCUUUGCCUUUUCUCUUCUUCUUGUCGCGCAGCACAAUUGGCCACUUUUUCUCCUCUUGCAUUAUUGAUUUGAAGUUUUGCUGGCGGACGCUCGCCCAGUUUAACGGACGCCAGGGAGGCGUGGGCUGGAGGGUGGUGGCGCUCUGAGUGCCUCUCUGAGUGCCCCCCCCCCCCGUAGGGCCUUAUCUCUGCGGUGGGACCGGAUUAGAAGGGGUCUCCGCUCUCUUAUCGGUUUGUCCGUUACAUUCCUGGCACCGGCGGUUGGACGGACCGCCAUUUAUGGCUAAAGGGAGAACAGAGCGCUGUGCUACUGACCCACAAUGCACCGGGGCGUUAUAAAAAACGCCACAACAAGGAGCCCUGGACAGUUAGCGAGAGCGUCCUGUGCGAUGGCGUCCCUGACCUCCUCCAGUCGCAGGUCCUCCUCGUCUUACCGCUCGUCCUCCCGCUUCAGCUCCUCCAGCUCCUUCCGCUCGGAGGGCUCGCUGGGGGGGUCGUCCGAGGCUCUGGAUCCGCUCUUUGAGCCCUUUCUGGACUCGGCCGAUCACGCCGGUCUGUUUGGAGAGGAGAGCCCUGGGGGGGGCGGCGGCGUUCUGACCCCCUUCAGCAGGCAGAGCCGGUCCUCCUGCGGACUCGCUGCUCCUGUAGGCGGCGCUGUGGCGGGCCGGCAGAGCGGCACGGGCGCCGGCGUUCGAUGCCUGGGGGACACUUACUACAUGUCAGCCGACGUCAGCCAGUUUGAGCCGCACGACGUGGUGCUGAUGGCCUUCAACCACCACGUGGUCAUCCACGCACAGAAGGUUCUGGACGACGGAAGCGUCAGCGACACGUUCACCCACAAGUCCCUGUUCCCGGAGGACAUGGACCCGUUGUCGGUGGGCGGGACCCUCGACCCCGACGGCACCCUGGUGGUGACCGUCCGCCGGACCCCCGCACCGGAGCCCGCGCGUGGCCCCGCCUACCGCAGCGAGGCCCGCCUCUGACUUGUGGCCUGGCGGCGCCUUUCAGCUACUGGCCAACCAUUAUCUCGGUUCCUGGAUUUGGUGACCUCUGACCUUUUGUCCGACACAAGGGGUCUGGUGUUCCCUUCGUUACUCGGCAUUGAAACCCUCUGGAUAAGCGCAGUUUAGCAUCUUACAUAUUCAUCUUGUAUAGUAAGUAAGUACUUUUAAGGGCAAGUCGCCGUCUAUGCACGACUGUGGGUGUUUCUCUUCGCAGACUCGUCCCGAUCCGUCGGAGAUUAAUAAAACAAUGAUAAAAGUCAAGGUAAUUGGAGUGAAACCUCUUGCCUGUCACCACUCACGAGCAUCACAGGAAACACACCUGAAAAACACACUAUUUCUAUUGUUUGCCUGCCCCUCCUAGACCAGGUAGCCAGAGGAAGCCGAACCUCACUGGAGAUUAAAUCACUUAAAUAGAGUUCAUAUUUUUACCAGAUCAAUGUUUGCUGUCCCUAAAGACGUUUACGCACAAAGACUUCUACGAACAUCAGCAUGGGGCUAGGUUGCUAGCCUUUUGUGUUUCUACGUUUUUAGUGUCAUCUUAACUGAAGCUACAUGUUCCUGCAAGGGCCCAAAUGUUACCUCAGUACCAAAAGUAAAACAAGUCAAAUCGACUUAAUCUUCAUUUGCUAGAGCAAAGGAUCAGUGAGUGUUUAAACCAUGAUGAAUAAUCCCACGGUUUGUCCGUUACAUGUGUGUACUUUGAUGUUUCCCGGUGCGAUGAGUCAUCGCUGAAGUCUCCAGAGAACUCGGCCCCUCGUACAGAUUACACCCACCAGCCUCCGAGGAAGGACGAAUUCUUGUGGCACCUUUAUUUAAUACUCAUCAGAAGGACGGAUGGUUGUUUCUAACCUCAUUCACCAUAAAACAGACUGAGGGGCUGCUUUUUAUACACACACACACUACAGAAGUAGUAAGUAGUAGUAGUUUUAGUUCAUGUGAAAUCUGAACUGUGCAAUUCAUUCUUUGCUCUACAGAAAGUGUGUUUUUAGCUCAUUGCUGCCAAUAAAAUGCAGCUCAAAAUGUC